AUGGAGGCUCCUGGCUUACCGAGCAACGAAGACAACAUUCAGUUGUUCCUGGCUGGUGGAGAGGAAUCUCCCGUCGAUAAACCGGCAAUAGUGAAGCACCGGUUAGGGAAAUUGCUGACUUCCGAUGCCGAAAUAGCUUCAGUUUGUUUUCCGACGGUCUGCCCGGCUCUCCAGACCCCCACAUCAUCAGCGUCUUCUAGUGCACUCCUCUCUCUCUUCCCGUCUGGUAACCCUGUCGCAUCUCUCUCAACUGCAGCGUCACCUCCUUCUGCCACUCCAAGCCCAAUCAACAACAGCGACCGUACUGGAUUGCCAGCCGCGGCCGCCUGUACGCCGUCAACGUGCGCGUCUCAGUCUUCCCCCCAUUCGGUUGUCUCCUCGCUUCGGGCCUCCGACGAGGCUGACCUUUCCCCCACUACCGCCAACAGUGUUUUAUAUUCGCCUCUUACUUCGUCGGCAACUGCCAGCCGGACUAACGAGCCUGCUCAAUCCUGCAUGGGGCCGUACGAGUCAGAACACGAUGGUGUCAGUCGACGACGAGACGCGGAGUCCGUGGAACAAGGAUUCGCUGCAGAAGUCAUGGGAUUCCGAGAGAAAGGCGGAACUGCAUUAAGUGCUCCGGUAGAUGAACUAUGUAAAGGGUCUGCAGUCCCGGGAUUUGGCAGCCACGAGACUGAGGAGCAAGGUGGUGGACAAAACGCGGAAGAAAUUAAGCAGGCAAUUUCUCGGGGCAGUAGUAAGGGGCGCAAUCCCAGUCUUCCAGAGGAAGAGGUUAUGAAGGAAUCCUGGAGUUUGUGUGAAGCAGCGACUUCCCGGAGCGAGCAUUCUCUCGGUAACGACGCAACAGUAGUGGAUUGCCCGAAAGACUCGCAAGCUUGUGAAUUGCCAUCCAUCGAUGUUUCUGCUCCGCGAGCCUCUGACUCAUUCACCGAGUCUGUGAAACAGCCAGACCCUUCUCUCACCAGUUCUGCAUCUUCUGAAUCCCCAGCGUCUGCCGCCUCUGACAUUGCACUUGGAUAUGAUUCAAGACUGCUUGAGUCCGACGCGUCGCAAGGAACGUGUGAAACUCUGCAAGAGUCGGAGUGUCUCGCGCCUGCGUUAUCCCUGUCCUCAUGCGCCGUGCCGGCCUCUGAUGCGGCCUCAUCCGAUGUCACCUGUAGUGGAGGGAAGAACGUAGAACAACUCCAGUCUUCUCUCGUUGUGUCCGCCCCAUCAUUUUCCGUGUUGCCGUCUUCUACUCCUAACGCAUCCCCGUCUGCGGGUUCUCCUUUACCUGAGGUGCUUUCUUCGGCGCCUGAUGUCCCCUUAGGGCCUUCAUCCGUCAGGGACCUUCAUAGUCACGAGAUUCAAGCCACUGAUCGGUCUCAACGAGCGAGCAGUGGGAACGAUUCUGUGACGAUAUGUGAUGAUGCGCCGAAUUGUCAUCGUGAGUCGUCUACGGCUCCGGAAAGACAGUACGGAGUCUCAGACGACAUUGACGUUUCUGCAGGCAUCCAUCUUCCUGUUGAUAUACCAGCUUCGCGCUGGUCGUCUUUCCCGUCCACAGGGAGUGAGGCGGUGACCCCGUCGUCUCUCUCUUUCCGCGAUUCUGCGGUGACUACUGACUCUGUUUCUUUGCCUUUGUCUCCUUCCCCCUCCAGUGUGCUUCGGGAGUCCAAACUUCGGCUCCGGGGCGCCGCCUUUCCAAAGCCUCCCGUGCCAGCGGCACGGGCGAUGUUUUCGUUCCCUGGGUCCCCGGCCCUUCGCCUAGAAAGCUUGGCAACACCUGGGAGCAGGAAUUGUGAGGAAACCGCUUUUUGCAUGCAAGGCGAUCCGUUGGUGGCCUCUUCAGCUCCCCUCGACCGUUGUGGCAUGAAGGCCGUGCUGACACCGUUCUCUGCCAAGGAGGCGUCGUCGCCUCGCUCAGCAACUGGCCUGGGGACCACCCGGUCCAUGUCGCGCAGAGGCGCUCCGGAGUCGAGGCAUCCACUGCGUGCAGAGUCGCCAGCACGAGAUACGGCUGGCCAAAGCGGAGCAUCUGCCAGCAUGAGUGUGAAAGACGAGAGAAUUAGCAGUAGGGUCGAGAAGACGCCUCUCAGUUGUUCGCGUCGGCCUGUGGAGGGAUUGUUUCCAGGCGAAGACCUGCAAGCAGAUAACCGGAGUAACGAAGAGGCGGACGAGGUGGUACGGCUUCAUAGACUGGAUGUCUUGAGACAUUCCCAUGACCGGACGACCGUCGAGCUCUACAAACUCGAGAAGGGCCGUUUGGUCGAGGAGCUGGUGCGCAAGGCAAAGAAAUAUCCAAAAGUUCCGGGAGUCUACUUCGACCGAUACCAGCAACGAUGGUGCGUGAAUUGGACAGAAGGUGGGCGAAGGGUUGCUCGAUACUACCCUGUGAAGGUGCACGGCUUCCACGUCGCGUACCAGCUGGCAGUGAACUGCAUGUUGUCGAAGAAACCUCUCAGUGCAACGGUCGCGGCAGGAUUAGCCGGCAUAUCGCUUGCUAGAGCGGGAAGUGCGCCGCCCUCACCCGUGACCUCCACGUCUCCCCGCGACGCCCAUCCAAGUCGCCUUACGCCAGUGAACUCUCCGCUUCAUGCCCUUCGCAAUCGCGAAGCAGCUCAGAGAUCGGCGACAGCUGCAAGCCCAGGCACAAAAGCAGAGCGGACCAGCAGCAGUCGGAGAGCAGCGAAUCCCCGUGUCCCCAGGAACUCAGAGGCCUCGCCCCAUGUGCCGCCCGAAGCUGUCGAGGCGAUGCUGGGGCGGGAAGCGCACGGGAGUCUUCUGGGAGUCGCGGCGAAUCAAACCGGCUUCCCGGGGGAUUUUGGAGUCCGCACCCAGGCACGCCCAGGUUUGACUCCUGAGGCACUGAAUUCCUCCCUCGGAGCCUUGCUGCUGCAACAGCAACUGCUUCUAGCUGCAAAUGCAGGAACCUCGCUGGGAGCUGGACUUCCGGAUCUGUGUAACUUUACGAGCCGCGACUGUCCGGACAUUCUCUCGAUGUGGCUUCACUACCAGCAGCUUGCGCGGCUUCAGCAACAACAUCAGCAGCUGGCGGCAUUCUUCAGCGCGAUGCCGGCAGCCUUCGGUGUCGCCGGCAACCCUCUCGAGCUUUCGGGGGCGCAAAAAGCAACCCCGUCUGUUACCCUAUCCCAAGGCAUCUCAUUGCCUGCGGACCCGCGCGCUGGGCCCGAUGUUCUCUCAGCGGGCUCGGCGACCGCUCCGGAGACAGGUCCCUACGUGGAUCCAUCAUUUCUGGGGCUUAAAGGCGGGGAGUUCUCGGCGUCUGCUCUGGCAGCAUUGCUUGCAGCAGUGCCUGGGCUGCAGACCUCUAAUCUUGGUUCCUUUCUGCCCUCUCUGGACGUCGCUUCAGGGACCUUUUCAGGGGCGCCAGGACAACCGAGCAUGUCUCUUGAGUCAGUGUUGCUGGCGGCUGCUCGGAUGCGCACAGCCGCAGACGCAGUGCCUUCGACGGUGACGUCUCAGGACGGCGCCAACCUGGGGGAGCGUGCAAGUCUCGCAGGCGCUGGAGGACUAGCGCCCCAGGAAGUGCUACAAGAAGGUGUGGCGUCAAGACAAGAACAACCAGAGAGUGGAGCUGUGCACAUGGAGAGCGCAGGGACGCCAGGCAUGCUGGAAAACUCCGGAGCAAUCCGCACGUCGCAGACAGGGCUGAGUGAGGUUACCGCGUCAGGUAGUUCUGCACCCGCUUCACGUUUGGAAUCGGUGUCAAGGAAGGUGAAUCUUGCUGCGGAAAACGUCGGAGACGAGCCGAGACACUUCGAAUCCGAUUCAAUGAUGGAGUCGACAGAGUGCAAGCGUCGUCGCCGACACUCCCUGACGUCUUCCCGGGUACCUCUCACGUCUGCGCUUCCCGACAGUGAUAUGAAGGAAGCGUAUGAAGGCUUCGGGUUUGUACGAGAUGAGACAGAUGCCAGUGUCGACGGAAAGCAGCACAAAGUGACGAGUUCUGCUGCUCAGUCGGUGCAAAGUGGAGAGGCGAGUGAAGCCCUUUCACUUGCUCAGGACAAGGAACCGAACUCGGGACUUUAUGAAUGCGUCAGUGGCGGAAAUGCUUGCGAACAAAGUGGGAUUCCCACGGACCGGGAAACGUGGAAGGGCAGUCUUCUGGUUGGGGAGGACCAGGUGAAAGGAGGGACUGAUGAGACAUACGAGUCAAUGGCUACAGACACACCCGGGCAACGAGGCAGUGGCACUACGUGUCUAGCGCCACAUAGUACGGAGGAAGAAGUGAAGGGGGAGAUGGGGGCCGAAGAGACACUUGACCAGCCUGAGGGUGGAAGCGCGUACACGACCAACAGUGCGAGGUCAACUAAGUAUGUCGAAGACCCCAGUGCCUUGCGAGGAAAGAUGCUGAUGGACUUGACAAAGCAGUGUUUGCUCCCGUCGAAGGCGUUCGGUCUUACCAGCGAACAAGGCGUUUUGAGGACGACCGGCGCCGGGGGCGAGUCGUCAAAUGACGUGAGGAACCAAAUAGAGACACCCGAGGGGGUUGGACUGGCGGAGGGCGCAAGUGCUCUUGCGCUGCUAGCGACCUUAAGGGGCAGUGUCCAGAGCGAGAGUGGGUUAAGCGGCGAGGCGUUGUCAAAGCCGUUGCAAGUAAAUUUGCUACGUCGGCAGUCACGGGCCGGGGCGGCCGAGCAAGCAAUUGAUACCGGGGGAGGGGCUGAAAGCGAACAAGCCUCGCUGGACGCGCUUGUGCCCUCCGUCUACGAAAGUGAAGCUUAUGAUGCGGAGCUGGACAAACUGCUAACCAGUCAGCCCGCGAAAGAUUUGGUGCGGGAGGCUCUAAAGAUGCCGCGCGUCCCAGGGGUAUGGUUUGAUCGCGCACAGCUUCGUUGGGCCUGCAACUACAAAGACAGCAGCGCCUUCGCUUUGGCCGCGACGUCAUCGUCGCCUGCCGAACGACUGCCGGGACUGGCGAAACGGAGAGCCCAGUACUUCCCUGUCAAGGAGCAUGGGUUCCUUCGCGCUCGCCUACUCGCGAUCCAGACGCGCCGCCGCAUGGAGUCGACCUACCGCCAGGCUGCGGCGGCCGCUCUGGCUUCAAGCCUCUGUAAACACGACCGCACUUUUUUGAGUGACAAAGAACGGGGACGGUUUGUGGAAGCCGGUCCAGGAAUGGCGGUGGGGAGAGACGAGGACGCGGGAGAAAGUGCGAGCCAUUGUCUUCGAUCUAGGUCCCACGGCCCAAAGGGAGCUAACGCGAAGAAGCGAGCCGGAGACGUAGGUGCAGAGAGGAGUCCAGGCGUGGGUGGAAGGUUAGAUCGACGACACAGCAAAAAGGUCGAGACGUCCGCGUCGUGGGCUGGAUCCUCCCACCAACCUGGGGUUUUCCCGACAGCGUCGCGUACCUCUGUCUGCACGACAUCGCUGGAGCAUCGACACCCCGGCGGAGGCUGUGGUGCAGCUGCAACCGAUACAGCGGCUUCUCCGGACAUCGCCCGUUCCACCGCAUUGUUUGGGGGACUUCACCGCGGAACUGCUUCUGGAGUUGGUGCACUGGCGGGAGCGGAGGCGGGCGUUGAGGGCGUUGGUGAGCAGGCUGCUGCACUUGCGAGCUUGCUAGCCGCUUCCUCUUCACUAUCCGACGCCUUAGUGGCUGGAGGCGUCGUGGGUGUAGGCACAGGGUUAACGUCUGAUCUCUCGUGUCUCUCCGAGCCCACGGGGACUUCUCCGGAUACAUCGGCUGAGGUGGGGGUGCUUCACGGGCCUCUGUUGCCUGAGGGUGUGACAUUUCCCCCAGUCAGCGCAGCGCAGGGGGUUGAAUCUAUUCCGGCAGCUUUGCCUAAAACUGGGGAGACGAACGUGGAAUGCUGUCUCACAGCUACGCCACCUUGUCUCCUCUCGCCCUCGGUGCAGUCUCCGCUGCUCGAUUCUUCGUUUCCACCUAAAGUAUCCCCGGUAGAGGAGAGUGCGUCACCAGUCCCAGACUCUAACGUUCACGGCACCCAGCUGUUGGCCAUGCAGAAGGACGCCAUCCACUAUAUCCUUGAAGACCUUCGUCACAACUGUCUCAGUGUGUUCCAGACGGUUCUGCCGCCCGCUCUUUUUCACGCAUGGUCAGUUCACCUGAUCAAGCAUGCGCAGCGUGUUGAAAGUGCCCAGACCUUUGCGGAAGUGGAGCCGUUCCUCGGGGUGUUUGUCGACUGCAUUCGAUCCAAAAAGAUGCCAAGUCAGCUCUCGCCGUCUGUCCAGCUCCAACUCGUCCGGCUCGCCUCUUCCCUGUACGACGUUCUUCAGACACCCGAGUCCGGAACAGCCGUAGUGCUGGGCCAGACAGCAGAGGAGGAAGCGUCUGAAGCUAACCCUGAACUCGAAAGAGAAAUAACAAAAGGCGAGGACGUUGAGGCAACGCAGGAAGCCGGACGCGUUCAAGGACGCGAGGCGGGCGACAACGGGCCGACCUCCGGUGACGGACUGGAGAGUGACGUUGUUUCUUACCCCGAAGAAGGUGCGAGAGGGAGACAAGGUGGGGGAGUGAUGUCUUUGGAACCACAACAGGUGAAGGAAGGAAUGUUGAGUCGAGAGAGGGUAAACCAGAAGCAAGACGUUUCACUUCUUAAUUUGGCUCUGCUCUCGUCUUUGGGAGGAUCGCUGCUCACGAUGCCAAGCAGUGCUCUGCCUUUGCCAGAACAAGAUGUUUCGCCAGAGGCUGGGGCACAUGUGAACGACGUGGUUGCAUCAGUUGGAGUUAUUAAAGAAGCCGAUACAGAGCCGCAUGUUUCUUCAGCAACCCAUGGCGUGACCCCGGACACGGAUGGGGUUUUUUCGUCUGCGUUUUGCUCUUUCUUGGGACGUGACGGAGAUGAGCAAGCACGUGUGAGUCCUCGGAGCGAAGCCGUCUUGGGGGAAGCGACCUAAUUGGCCUCCUCGUAUCACGCUUUCAAAUGUGCACCUGUUCGUUUCUCUCAACAUUUUGAGGACCUCUCGGAGGGGACAGGGUGCCCGGAAUUUAGGUAACAGGUGACAUUGCAGCAAGUUAGUUACGCUUUCACGAAAAGCUCAAGUACGCAUCUUGCUACGUUUUUGAGGGAUUUGUCAGAUGCGCGUGGAACUGCCCCUGUGUCAAAUCACCAUAAUAGCGUCCGAAAAAUGACGUUCACAAGGCACUGUGAUAGAAACGCUUGUCAUAACGGUUCCAGGGGGAGGGACAGUCGACAGCACCACCAUGCCCAGAACGACCAGCGGGUGCACACGCGCCUUUUUGUCUCCGAUGUAUGUGGAGUAUUUUGAAAAGGGUAGGGAUAGGGUUGGGAGAUAGCGUUUUCGUGCAAGUAUCGAAGUGCGUACCUCCCCUGUGGCAAUGGGAUUCUUGAACUGUGCGUGCAAACAAUGUGCCGACCAACAACGACGAGGAAUAAUAAUUUGUGCAGUUGCUUUGG